UCAAAUAAUGACCCUUUUACCUUUCCCCUCGCAGCUGGUCUCGCAUUUCCCUCAAAUAAUGACCCUUUUACCUUUCCCCUCGCAGCUGGUCUCGCAUUGGGCGUCGUGCUGUACCGCGCCCUCGACUACAGCCUGGCCAGCGACGAGGAGCGCGACCUCUCGCCCUCGCUAAACCACCUCAUCGACCUCAUGACCUCGGCGAAGUGCGAACGAGGAGAGACGGAUGAUGAGGGCAUCGAGAGGGACUCGGGGGAUUCUGAGGACGAGCUCGACCGGGCAGCCAACUUCACCAUGGCGGACGCGCUGCAGGUGUGCGAGAGCCGGCUGACGAGCAGCGGCAUGGAGGUCACCGUCUGCGAGCACUACAGGGCCGUGGUGAGGGCGCUGGUGGCCGAGGCGCUGGACCUGGUCUCGUUCCUGCAGAAGGUCGCCCUCGGGAACAAAUUCGCGCCGCACCCGUCGGAUCUGCUCAGCUCCGAGAGGGACCUUCAGGAACUCCAGCGGGAGGAUUGGGCGCGACUCUGGAUCCAGGUGAUGCGGCAGCUCCGGGAGGGAGUCAAGCUGAAGAAAGUGGAGUACUCCUACGCCCCCAUAGAGUAUGCUCUCACCCCCUACGAGAUGCUGAUGGAAGACAUACGCUCACGCAGAUACACCCUAAACAAAGUUAUGGUUAACGGUGACAUUCCUCCUCGGGUCAAGAAAGACGCACACACCAUCAUCCUGGACUUCAUCAGGUCACGGCCACCUCUUAGAAAGGCAUCCGAGCGGAAGCUGUUGCCGCCCCCAAGAAAGAUCUCAUCUCCAAUGGAACUACUGAUGGAGAGCAUCAGGAAGGACCACAACCUCAAACACGUCUCAACGCCCACGAGAGCCAGACCCAUGUCGAGACGAGGACGACGAUGACCUGAGCGACAUCCCGCCCUCGAGCCCGCGCCUGGGACACACGCCCCUCAUCCAGGCCACCUCCGCCCGCAGUCCCUCGCCCCACAAUUCCCUUUCGCCGCCCACGUCACCAUGGUCGCGCAUGGCGUUCGACCUGGCCAAGUACGGCAGCACGGGCACCCCAGAGCGACGGCACUCCAUCACCCUGUGCGAGACGCCAUCGCAGGCACGCCCCUCCUCGAACUCCAUCACCCCGCCCUCGUCCAUGCCCCAGUCCACCAACACGUCGGCGCCCAUGUCCCCCGCCCACCAGGACUUCAUCCCCUCCACGUCGCAGACUCAGAGGGACUUCCUGUCGUCGGCACACUUCUCGUCACGGCUUGACUGCCUGGCCCUCACCCUAGAGGAGGUGGUUCACAUCCGCAACGUCCUGACGAAGGCCGACCUGGAAGCCCUGCCCCUCGACCUGUCCAUCAAGGAGGACAUGGCCAAGGGCAAGAUCUGCUUCCUGUGCAUGAAGACGCGCUUUGGCUUCUUCGGCCCAAGAGGACAGGAUUGCAGACUUUGCAAGAGAACAGUGUGCAAGAAGUGUGUUACUAAGAUGCGCAUCCCCACCGAGCACUUUUCAAACAUCCCUGUGCAGAUGCUGACCCCACAGGCGCUGUCUCCGCGAGAGGACGACGAAGACAUGUCUCUGCCUCGCUCCAUCUUGUCGAGACUUACGUUUAACAUCUCUGAACACAUCGUAAAACGCAUUCAGGUAACAGAGCACGAAGAGAGCGUAAGUCACUCGGCAAGCACUCACAUCCUGCCUCAGGACCUACAGCUGCCAGGGAACAGCACAAGCAGUGGGAACGCAGAACGACGUAGCAGUGUUAGUGGCAGUGUGGGGUCGGCACCUUCCUCGCCAACCCUCACCAGAGCUGUCGAGGGACCUGCCUCGCUGCCUGCACAGUCACCUGCACCCUAUGUCAAUGAAGCCAUCAAGAAGCCAAAGCUGGUGAGGUCUCAGACUCUUGGUGUCGCUGAAAGUAAAACUGCCAGGCAGCGCCUUUUAGCCCAGAAACAGAAACAACGCUCGCGGACCACCCAGGCGGAGGAGAGGCUGCGAGGGGAACUGAUGGUCGUGUGCGGUGACUGCAAGGCAAUGGUCCUGCACAUCCUGGCCUCUAUUAGGGUUCGGAGGGAGCAACAGCAGGGGACCUCGAGUCAGCACGAGUCUCCGCGCCAUCACCUGCACCUCAAUCUUCACCCUGUUUACAACUAAUUUCAAGCAUUCAUGGAAGAAGGUGAAAGAUCAGUACAGGUUGAGAACAAAGAAGAAGGUGAAAUAAGAAGAUAUUGAUACCACUUGAAUCAAUGUCAGAUUAUUCAAAGAUCCUUCAGAUUAAAGAAGAAAAAUAUGAAAAACAAGACGAAGAAAAAAAAAAGACGAAAUACCGAAAACCGAUUCUGAUCGUCUAUAAAGUGUACCCAUUAUUCAGAUCCUCUUUGAUGAUAAUGAUGAUAAUUAUUUAGCAUGUUUAGAGAUACCAACAAACUACAACAACAAGAGUAACAGAGACAGGAUCACUACCCUCGGAGCCUAGUCCCAGUCCUCAGCAUGUCUUCUCUCUGUUCAUGGGUGCUGUCGUCGGGCUGGAGGCAUCCUGUUCGAGUACAUGAUUACAUGAUGGCAUAAGCUGUGCUAUUUUUUUUUUUUUUUUUUUUUUUUUUUUUUUCCGUUUCUU